AUGCAUUUCACGCUUGCUUCUGCCGCCACUUUCUUGGCCCUUUCCUCUUCUACCGCCGCACGCCCGGCGCUUUCUCCCAGGGCCAGUGACAGUGGUUGCAUUGUUACCCUGAAUAACACCCGCACGACUCCUGCAAACCCUGCCGAAGUCAUCCUCAUGAGGACCAUGAUCAAGUGGAACAACUCGACCAACAGCUCCGGAUUCUCCUCGAGCUAUUGCGACUGGUCCAACACCAUCCAGGCUCCCUUCUCCAUCUUCUUCUACGCCGACACCAUCCCCAACUACACCACCACCGACGCACUGGCCGCCGUGCUGGAUAAGUGGGUCGGCACUUGGCUGAUCUCCCCGACGACGUCUCCCGCAACCGGCAACGCGGGCGAUUACAACAUCACCAGCGUUACCUGCGUCUGA